AUGGUAACGGAAAGCAGUAAAAACCAACGGAGACAAAAAUUCGGAAACAUUUUGCACCAGUCUGAUCAUGCCGCCGAUGAAGAAGAAUACCAUACCCGCAUCAGCAGCACAUCUGACGCUACGCCAGCAAAUCACGACCAAAAUUCUCGACUGAGUUCCGAGAUCAAUACCUCCCUGUACAGCACGCCUUCUUAUGACCAAUCAUCUCCAUGUUCAGCACCCUCAUGGGAUCAAUUAGCAUCUCAAAUUCCAACCGACCUAGUAUCUCCUUUGUCAGGGUCCCCAUGGUCCUCCCAUGUUGAGAUGGCAAGUGAUAGUUAUUCUUAUACUGGUCUAAUGGGGUCCCUGGUUCGUGAAGAAGGUCACAUUUAUUCGUUAGCAGCUACGCGAGACAUGUUGUACACGGGAUCAGAUAGCAAGAGCAUAAGGGUGUGGAAGAAUCAGAAGGAAUUUUCAGGAUUCAAAUCAAACAGUGGGUUGGUUAAAGCAAUUAGUAUUGCUGGUGAAAGAAUAUUUACGGGUCAUCAAGAUGGAAAAAUAAGAAUGUGGAAAGUAUCUGCCAAGGACCCUAGCAUUCACAAGCGCAUUGGCACAUUGCCGACCAUGAAAGCCUGUAUUAAAAGUUCAAUCAAACCGAGCAAUUACGUUGAGGUGAGGAGAAACCGUAAUGUGGUCUGGAUCAGGCAUUUUGAUGCCAUCUCAUCUCUCAGCCUCAGCGAGGAUAAGAGCCUUUUGUAUUCAGCAUCAUGGGAUAAAACCAUUAAGGUUUGGAGAAUAUCAGAUUCAAAAUGUUUGGAAUCUAUACAAGCCCACGACGAUGCAGUAAACACUGUCGUUGCAGGAUUUGAUGGGUUAGUCUUCUCUGGAUCAGCUGAUGGAAGCGUCAAAGUAUGGCGAAGAGAGUUGCAAGGAAAGGGAACAAAACAUUUCUUUUCGCAAACUCUGUUAAAGCAAGAAUGUGCAGUAACAGCAUUGGCUGUCGAUCCUUCUGCUACUAUUCUCUACUGUGGUUCGUCAGACGGGCUAGUGAAUUUUUGGGACCGUGAAAAGCUAAGUCACUGUGGAAUUUUGAGGGGUCAUAAGCUGGCUGUUCUAUGCUUGGCUACAGCAGGGAACUUAGUCUUUACUGGAUCAGCUGACACAAAUAUUUGUGUCUGGAAAAGGGAGGAGGGUGAUCAUAUUUGUUUGUCAGUAUUGAAUGGCCAUUCUGGCCCGGUGAAAUGCUUGGCUGUUGAAGAGGACAAGGUUGCAAUGGGGGCUGAUGGGUAUUGUAUUCUGUAUAGUGGUAGCCUGGAUAAGUCGGUCAAGAUAUGGAGGGUGUCCCCGCAGCCGGCACAUGUGCAGCAGCAGCAGCAGCAGAUCACCCAAGAGGCCGAGCGUUGUGCUCAACCCAGAAAUUUUCCAUCAAUCCAUAGCUUCUCGUCACAAAAUAGUAGGGUAAGUCAAAGGAGGCAUUUCUAG